CAUACUUACCUUGAUGGCACAAGCCCCUUCAUGGACAUGGGUCUGUGGGCCGUGGGGACCUUCCAUUGCACGGCGACCCUGUCCCCAGAGGGUACCUGCAGUUUGUAUGGGCUUUGGCUCAUGCACCGUCGCAAUAUUUUCCUGUCCUGCCAUGGC